AUAGGGAUUUACGAGAUUGAGAUGGAUGCUCCUGUUAGUGAGCAACCUGGAGAAAUGGCAGCCGGUGACUCUGGCAAUGAUGAGAAAGAAGUCCAAAGACGCUGGGCAAUAGACGAGCGAGAUCCGGAAAUCGCUGUUGAGAUGUCAGGCUUUGGAGAUGCUAUACCUGGAGAGAGGCGCCAGGUGUUAACACCUACUGACUUCCAGAAUCAUCCGCUUUAUGUUGCGAGUAACCAAUCCACCGACUCUAGGAGACGAAGAGGUUCAAACUCUGGAAUGAGAGAUGUUCUUCCAGACAAGUUUGCAGGCAGAAUUCCAUGGACAGAUUAUCGCCGACAUUUUGAUGUCUGCAUGAGGCUAAAUAGAUGGAAUGAUGUGGAGGCUGGACAAUUUCUAGCCACAAGACUUCAAGGAGCAGCACUGAAAGUGUUGAACAAUAUUCCCAUUGGUCGUGAGCUUACUUAUUCUGAACUUGCGUCACAUUUGGAGCGUAGAUUUGGUCCAGGAGAGGAUGCUGAGAAUUUCUUAUUGGAAUUGAGGACGAGGCGUCGUCAACCAAAGGAGAGCUUACAGGAGCUAGGUCAGGCAAUCAGAGAUUUAACUUGUCUGGCAUACCCGGAGUUAAGCAGAGAUGCACAAGAGAGGCUUGCACGAGGGCACUUUUCUGAUGCUAUCGAGGAUGUAGAAGUUCGAGCAGGAAUUUUCCGCGCCCAUGCAAUAACGCUUGAUGAUGCUAUCCGAGCAGGAUUGGCAACUGAGUCUUUCGGCAAGGCUGAGAAGGCUCGUGAACGUACUCGACCAGCUCGUCAUGUUCGUAGCAUGGAAAGCAAUGUGGAACCAAUCCCUGUAGACAAGAUGAGAAAGGAAAUUGAUGGGUUAAAGUCAAGUCUUGGGGAGAUGAUGGAAAUGAUGAGGGAAAUGAACAUGGACAAAUCCAAAUCAGUAGGAAUAGUUUGCUACAAUUGUAGAGAGAAUGGUCAUAUGGCAAAAUACUGCCCUAAACAGACCCAGGGAAACGGAAGCAGACCAUCCCGAUGGACCGGGGGACGGUCAACUCAACAAGGUCCGAGGAUGUAAAUGCAGCCAGUUUAACUGUCUGCGUAAUAAAUGAGGCAAGGAGAGGAAUGUACAUUGCAGUUCGGAUAAAUGGAGUCGUAGUUAGUUUUCUCAUUGAUACUGGAGCUAUGAGUACUAUAAUGUCACAAACGUUCUAUAAUAGGAUUAGAAAAGAUGAGGAAACUGAUCUUCAAUGCACUAAUAUCAAACUCCAGCAAGCUGAUGGUGCACCAGUGAGAGUUUUUGGGACUACAACUAUGAAUAUGCAAAUUGGACAAGCUUAUCUAUCAACCAAAUUUUUGGUAGCGAACAUUCAGAAUGAUGGCAUACUAGGUAUGGAUGUGUUACUAGCCACAAAGAGCACAAUAGACUGUGACAAGUGUGAGCUGAUAAUGGAUGGUAAUGUCAUUCAGUGUACAAACUCUGAUGGAGGAACCUUGCUUACAAGACAGAUUGAUGUGAAUGUGGAUAUUGAUGUAGCUACCCAAGUUCCCGAAUUUCUCCAUGAUUUAUAUGAGAAGUCUAAGGUGAAUAAUGACAGCUCAGAUUAUCUAAAACUUGCAAAACUUCUUUCUGACUACCAGGAUGUGUUCUCCCGGGGUGAUCAUGACAUUGGCAAGACAGACAAAGUGAGACAUAGCAUUCAUACGACUUGCCUAGCACCAAUCCGACAGCGACCACGACGUUCCCCAAUUGGCCAAAGGGAAGAGAUGGAAAAACAGAUUUACGAUUUACGAUGUUACUUCUUUGCAGUACAUGCAAGGCUGGUUUUACUUCACGGGCAGAGCUAAACAGACACAUGAAAGAGGCCCAUGGACGUGAACUAACUCUAAAAUGCGAGACUUGCGCAUAUGAAACCACUGAGGGGAUUAAAUUCCGUAGGCAUUAUAGGAGAACUCAUAACCUCUCCAAAAGCGAUACUUUAGCAGUGGCUUUCUCCGCGGCAUCAGAUCGUUAUACGUUGAAGCAAGAAAACCUGAGAGAGGGGAAGGAAAGGAAAAGGAAGUUGGAAGAGGAGCGAGUAGGAGAAGGAAUUGCUAAGAAGGCAAGAGAAGCAGAAAAGGAAAGAAGACAGAAGAGUAAGGAUAUUAACUCAGGAUCUAGUACCCCUCUGCCAGUACUUUCGUUGAAAUAUUUGUACGAAACAUUAUCUUUGUCUCCAGGGGACUAUUUCUCUGACUCUUUUGACAAUCAACAACCAACCCUGGAUACUGACGAUCGACGACCAACCCUGGAUACUGACGGUCGACGACCAACCCCGGAUACCGCUGAUCAACAACCAACCCUGGAUACUGACGAUCGACGACCAACCCUGGAUACUGACGAUCAACAACCAACCCCGGAUACCGCUGAUCAACAACCAACCCUGGAUACUGACGAUCGACAACCUACCCCAGACGCAACUGAUGACCGACAGCCGACCCCAACUGACCCAAGACCAACACCAGACUUAGAGGAAGUAACGAUUAGUUUAAACAGAGCAGCAACAGAAAUUGGACGUAUAAAACUGGUGUCAGUGACCGUCGUAACCGAGACUUAUUAUCAUGUGCACGGGAAGGAAAAAAGAGGGAAGGUAGAGACGAAAACCUUUAAUUUCGACGAAGACAGUAAUGAGGAGUAAUUUUUAUUUAUUGUGUAUUUAUAACUAUUGAGAAUUUUAAUUAUUGUAUAUUUAUUGAAACUAGCGUUUAAGCCUACAUUUAUGCUGUAGUUAACAGAAGAAGAAAAAAAAAAUACACAUAGACCUGUAUGUACUGUAUAUACACUACCAUGUCAAAGUAUGGUACAUGUAUGAUAAGAAAUGAGUGGUUGUAUUUUUAAUUUUUUUUUUUUUUUUUAGUCGCUGGGGACAGCGAUUUAGAAGAAGGGAGGUAGUGUGACGGUCAGCGUAAAAUCUAACUUGUUCAUUUUUAUAAAACUGACUUGAAACACCAAAAUAUAUAUGUGGGACUGAUUUUUCGAUCUUUUCAUAUAUUUUUGUCUAUUUCACUUGUUUAAUUGCUGAGUUAUACUGUCAGGCUGACUUACCAUUAUUCUAAAUGUCUGUACUCUCGGAAUAAGGCUCUUACUUUAUUUUGAUCAAUAUAUUUCUCUUUGUAUAAAGGUUACAAAUUAUUUGAUGUAAUCGCACUUACUUUGAAAUAGUUAUUGCGAAGAUUUAUGAAUAUUCAUGUGCGUACAUAUUCGCGUGGUUAAAGCAUACGCGCAUAGCGCAUGGUAGUGCGCUGAUAUGUGAUAGCCGAGUUUGAUCGAUGUGGCUAGGCUGUACACUUUGGCAUUAGAUGCGCUGUGAAACUGACCUGUCUGUGAACCUUGUUGAACCGAGAUUUACGGUAAUUAUUCCUUUCGUUUCCGCCCAUUGCUAUUCAUAUGCAGAUUAGCUGAUUUGCAUUGCACCAACAACAAAUGUUGAUCAAUCUAUUGGACUUUGUACCAAAAUUGAUGUUUUAAUGUUUAUUUUAGAGUUAAAUGUGUAUUUUCAUGGUUUUUAAGGCCGAAUCGAAUACAGGCCAGAAGCAGAUUGGCCAAAAUCUAGCCAAAAUGGGAUGGCCCAAAACUAGCCAAAAUGGGAUGGCCCAAAACUAGCCAAAUUGGUAUUGUGCAUAUGAUUAGUAUGACUGCUGUGUAUAUGGAUGCUUGUUAUAUUGGUAUUCAUUUAUCAGAUAAUAGUUAUCAAUAUGUAUGCUUGGAACUGAAACAGAAUACACAAAAUGGACAUGAAUUCUUGGAUUUUAUAUUACUGUGCCAGUAAUUAUUUAUUGAAUAAUGCAACACUUAAUAAAAUGUCUUUACAAUUAUAUUGCAUUACAGAGAUGUCAGUUCAGAAAUCACAGUCACUGUUAAGAAAUGAGCAUUGGAAGUGGUGAACAUAUUCCCUUUAUUUAUUACUUUUGGUUGAGAGAUUUUACUCUUUGUAGCUAAUAAAUCAUUAGCUACGCUGAAAUUAGGUGUACUUCAGGUCGCUGGAUAGUUUGACUAACUGAUCCUUUGCGGGUAUACCUAAAGGUCUAACCAAUUCCAAUCUGGUUUCUGUGACAAGUAGUUCUAAGAAUGUUUAUACAUGUACAAACUUUUAUCUAUUUGUGAGAUAUUGAAUAUUAGUGCUACUGCUUAUUAUUCAAUGGAGGACUGAUUAUUUAAUUGGUCAUUGGAACAUUUUCUCUUUUAUUAUCGAUUUUUACUCUAGACUAUAGACCAUAUCUGCUGUGUGACCUAAUACAUUACUAGUAAUAUGAAUUUCUGGAGGACGAGGCUGAGGGCCUCAGUAACUUAGUCUGUCACCUGUACCUAGUAGUUUAAGAAUAUAUCUAUCUACAUGUAAAGCAGUUGUAACUUAUAUAUAUUGAACAUUUGUAUAUUUAAUAAUUGUAUUCUAUAUAGUUGUACUUUAAAUAUAUUCGUCAUAUUUAUGAACAAAGUAAAUACGAUCUGAUGCUAUUACUUGCAUAAGAUUUAGUCACUUGUAAAUAGAUUCACAAUUCAACAAUUAAUGAUGUACAAAUUAAUAUAAGUAGCUUAUGUAUUUAUGGAGCUGUAACUUACAUGUAUAUUUUAUCUUAGUAACACUUAUUGAUAAUGAUCCCUUAAUAAGCACUGAAUUACAGAGAGCAAGGAACGAAUCCCUAGACAAACCGGUUGUCUUAAGAUUGAAGUACGUUUAGAACUGAUUAGUAAUUCUGGAAGUUAGCAAUAGGAUAGGAAUUGGAAAUUUGAGGCUAUAACCUAUUGUAAAGACCUAAGGAUUAAAGAUCGCAUGGUUAUGCCGACAGAGUGAGCUGCCAUGACGAGAUUAGGGGUGGAUAGACCAGUAAGUAAAAUACCCGUUGAGCGGUGAAUCCGAAUACCAUAAGUUGAUUAUGCCUAGGCAAUAAGAAGGAAGGCAGUUAAGUAUUUGUACUUGAACUUGGAAUGAAGUAAUUAUUGGAUGGCUGCUGGUCAGCCUAGAUUGACCGUAAGAUGAAGUGGCUAUGUUGUGCCCGGAAUAGAAUUACUUUCUCAUGUUUUAGAAGGAAAGAAAAGGUACACUUUGGAAUAGAAUUCAGUUGCUAAUGAUCUAUUAUUGUAACAUCUUAAACCUGUCCCUAUAGAACUCUUUAACAUAAUACUGCAUCUACUAUUAUAGUCUAUACAAUUAAGUUAGUAUCACUUAGGUAAAUGAUUGGUUGUCUGACAAAAGUGACAACACAUCUGUAUAUAAUGUACAUUUGAACUCUUAUACUUAGUAAUUGCAUUGCAUACAUUUUCGAGUUGAAUUACGUCAACGUUGAAUUAGGCAUGAAAGCCUCACUGUUAAUUGAAAUCCAUUAAUAAAGUGUUACUUGUUAUUUGUUCACCUGAA